UCAUCUUCACCCUCCCACUCACAGGUUUUAUUCCCUUUUAAGCUCAAAAAAAUGGCCGGUCAAGCCGCAGGAGAAGUACAGAGUCCCGCAAGGCUACCUGAUGAUACUCACCAUGUCAUUGUCAAGCUGGAAACCAUCCACGUCCCCGCACCGGCAAUUGACCUUUCACCGCUCACACAUGAGCUCAUCACAUACGAGUACACUCCGCCAGCUGCCAAAGCCCUCAUCGCUGCGAGGAUUCACGAUGCGAGUAUUGUAACGCUCACAACGGUUCCUAUCAACGCAGAGACGCUGGGUGAGGCACCGUACCUGAAAUGCGUGAUAUCCGAGACAACUGGAACCAACCAUAUUGAUCUGGAAGAGUGCAAGAAGCGAAAUAUCACCGUCAUGUUCUCACCACACGCGGCGACUGAAGCUGUAUCGGAGCAUGCCCUCGGACUUUACUUUUCAGUCAGACGCUCUUUCGUCCGCCUUCACAACUCGUUGUUCGACCAUUCCCCUAAUGCUUGGGCAUCAUCUGGCAGUAUGUCCAACAUAUUGAAAGACGCCCAGGGCGAGCCGCCCCAUACUUGCGGCAAUGAAAUCGUUGGUAUUCUUGGUUUUGGGGCGUUAGGGCAGCGGAUAGCCCGUCUUUGUGAAGCCUUGGGGAUGAAGGUUCUCGUCGCCGCAAGAAAAGAAGGCGGAAGUGGUACUGGCGAUACACGUAUCGCCUUUGAUGAAGUUUUGCGUCGAGCUACCGUGCUCUUCAUCACACUUCCACUCACACCGCAAACCCGAAACACGAUUGGAUCCGAGGAGUUACAGACUAUGAGGCGCGAUGCGGUGCUGAUUAAUGUUGGCCGUGGAGGCUUGGUGGACGAAACAGCACUGGUACAAGCUCUCCGUCAGAGGCUCAUCCAUGGAGCAGCGACUGAUGUGUUUGAGCAUGAGCCUGCUGGUAGCGACCAAGACAGUGUUUUGCUCAGCGAGGAGGCAAAGGAACUCAACUUGACCCUUACUCCCCAUCUGGCUUGGUGUGCGGAUCAGACAACGGUUAACAUGCAGCAAAUUAUUGCCGAGAACUUGAAAGAGUUUCUUCGGGGAGGACGUAAGAAUGUCGUCUCAGCAUAG